AUGACGAAAAGUGUGGUUUUCAAUGACAUUGUCUCAAAUGAUUUCAACACCCUAUUUAAAUCUCUUCCAUCAGACAGGCAAUACUUUGUAGCUGGUGUACCACGUCGCUUCCAAGGUCGCUUGUUCUUCAAAGCUUUUCUUCGUUUUGUUCACUCAUCUUAUGCACUUCUGUGGCUCCUUAACGCACCAAAGGAAUUGAUGGAUAAGAACUCUCAUCACUUUCUGGCUGCCAGGGCAGAAGAGCUGGUUGACGGUGGACUCAUGGCUCUUGUCUUAGAUAACAUAUCUCCAUCCCUUCAACUUCCCUGGAAGCACAACCAAAGCAAAGGCCCUGAGAACUCACUGGGAAGACAUUGGAGCGUCGACUUGUAA